CACUCGGCCUGGAGUGGGCGCCAUGCAAGCCAGGUUGAGCUUGGGGAGGCUGAAUACGCAGCGGAAAACCUUAGACGAGCCCUACCUUGAAAGGUGAUCCCUACCCGGGCCGGGAGGGCCUUGGGGAGGGGCCUGGCCAGGACGGCCCGACUUCCGUGACACGGCAAACACAGAAAGACAAAGUCCAUUUGGAUGGAAUCGGAGCGGAGAGAGAGGGGCCAUUUUGACUCUGGGGUCAAAGGGAAUGACCGAUCUACUGGGGUCCGGGAGCGGAGGCACCCAGGUAUGGCUGCUCACCCUGGGACCAGCAGGUGGUGGCUCGUGGGCGUGCCCCCAUUCUGUGUAGAGGAGAGACACUGGCAGGCACACUUUGGCAUCUGGUUUGAUAUUCUGGGGGUUCGUCUGGUCGCUGCGGCUUCUGAGAGACUCAGGUCCAAGGAUAACUUUGGGGCCAUGACUGCCAUGAUUCUCACAGUGGAUCCCGGAUUUCUGCAUUCCAAGCAAUGGCAGGUGCCACUGGACUUGUUCUGAGAACUUUUUCCUAAAGGAUGGCCAAGGGGCUCCUGAUGACCUAUGCCCUUUGGGCUAUAGGGGGCCCUGCUGGGCUCCACCACCUGUACCUGGGGCGGGACAGCCAUGCACUGCUCUGGAUGCUUACCCUGGGAGGGGGUGGGCUAGGCUGGCUCUGGGAAUUCUGGAAGCUCCCAAGCUUUGUAGCGCAGGCCAACAGAGCCCAGGGGCAGAGGCAGAGCUCAGGAAGGGGGACACCCCCUCUGAGCCCCAUUCGCUUUGCAGCUCAGAUGAUAGUGGGCAUCUAUUUUGGCCUUGUGGCUCUCAUUAGCCUUUCCUUCAUGGCCAGCUUCUAUAUUGUGGGCCUCCCACUGGCAGUUGGCUUAGGAGUCUUGCUGGUAGCUGCUGUUGGCAACCAGACCUCAGACUUUAAGCACACCCUAGGGGUGGCCUUUCUUAUUUCCCCUAUCUUCUAUGGCCGCCCCAUAGCCAUCCUGCCCAUCAGCUUGGCUGCCAGCAUCACAGCCCAGAAGCAUCGCCGCUACAAAACUUCAACUGGGUCAGAGACGCUCAGUGUGCGGCUCUACCGCCUGGGCUUGGCUUAUCUGGCUUUCACAGGCCCGCUAGCAUACAGCGCCCUCUGCAACACAGCCACCACCCUCAGCUAUGUGGCAGAGACCCUUGGUUCCUUCUUGAGUUGGUUCAGUUUCUUCCCCCUCCUUGGCCACCUGAUGGAGUCUGUCCUCCUUCUGCCUUACCGAGUCUGGAGUCUGCUGGUGGGAGAUUAUGGCUUCAGCAGCGGCUACUUCCAGGAGUGGGAGAAGCUAUAUGAGUUUGUUCAGAGUUUUCAGGAUGAGAAGCGUCAGCUGGCAUACCAGGUUUUGGGUCUUGCCGAGGGGGCAACAAAUGAAGAAAUACAUCACAGAUACCGGGAGCUGGUGAAGAUCUGGCACCCUGACCACAAUCGGCACCAGCCGGAAGAAGCUCAGCGGCACUUCCUGGAGAUCCAGGCUGCCUAUGAAGUCCUGAGUCAGCCCAGGAAGCCCAGGGGGUCCUGGAGAUUAAACACCGCCUUGUUUAAGGAAGCGCUGUAGUUCAGUAGAGAGAAGACGGAUGGAGAAGGAGAUGGAUUCUCCUUCUGCCACUGGCAUGACCAGGAUGAGCCACUUUACCAUCGGGUCCCAGUUUUUUCCCUGUAAGGUGAAGAAGUUGGACUUUGUUAAGAUCGCUUUUCUCACUGGAUUCUGGGUUUUUAACUGUUCAUCUGGGGCUUGUGUUAAAUCGUUUGGUUUGUCAUCUUCUCUGCCCUCUUGUGGACACUGUCUUGGGAAGAAAAUAAAAUAUUUAAUUGCUCAAAAACAA